UAAUCAUUUUUGUUAUAUCGCUUCCUGGGUAAACAACUAAAUCCGAUUACAACGACAGCCCCACAUAACUCUAUAUUUAAAUAAAAAAUACUUUGAAAAAUCGGAAUCUAAAUUUUCUUCUAUCAAAGUUAUCAUUGAACGGUUUAAUCGAUAUUUACUCAAUAUUUUUAUUACCGUUGAAAACGGUCAUGCAGAAAUCAAAUUUAACUAAAUGAGUUCACCCAAUUUUUUAAAUCAAUCGGGAAACAGUUCGUUUAUAGACUUAUUAGUGGACAAUCAACCAUCUCCGAGCCAAAAUUCUUCAAGCCUAUUCACGCAGCGAAACCAAAGCCAUUCGUUUCGGAUUUCACGAGAACAAAAGACGCCACUUUGCGAGAACAGCCGGCUGAAUUGUUGUCUUCCGAGUGCGAAUAGUUUGUUCACGAGCAGCGCCGAACACUUGUCGGAGAACGUAAGCUUGACGAAUAGCUCGCUGCUAUUUGAAGAUUUACUGGAUCAAGAAAAUUCAGAGGAUUUUCACUCGCCGAACUUAGAAGACUACAUACCUGAUCUAUCAAAUCCAGUCGUUAAUCCAACCAACCAAUCAGCAAGCUUCAAAACCGAACACGAGGACAACCACGCGCCAAGUUCGUCAUUCGGAAAUAAACACGAACGGGAGUACGUCGAAAAUAAAGAGUCGUUUCGGGUAAGCAAAAAGAACAAAUCGAUCACGCCGCACAGGUUAAUUGAAAAGCGAAGACGAGACAGAAUUAAUCAGAGUUUGCAGGAACUGAAAUCCCUUGUAUUGCCGGCUGCACACACGAAGUCAAAACUGGAUAAAGCGGAUAUUCUGAAGCUCACUAUUGACCAUAUCAAAAUGCUACACGAACACAACAAAGAAAACGAUCUUCCCGCGAGAGCUGAAGCUUCAACUUCUAACCAAUCACAAUCGAGCAAAUUUGAGGCCCAUUCGUCUACGGCAUACGUGGGCCAACACAUCAUGCUCGGGUAUAUGGAUUGUCACCAAGAAGCGAUCGACUUUUUAACUCAAGAAGCAAAUUUACCAGCGGACCAUCCAAUAAUCAAGCAACUUAACACACAUCUUCUAAAACAGCAACAGAAUUUAGAUCUGGUCGCAAUGGAAAGAAAUUUACAAUUCGCUCAGGAGUUGCGUAAUGUCGCUGAAAUGAACUCCAGCCCUAAUUUUGACAGCCAGUUACAAAUUGCGGAAAGUUCCGUUGAACAGGUGAAAACCGAACCAAUUAUGUCAUUAAGUACGAUUACGUCAUCGACGCCUGAAAACACACCAGAAGCAAAAAUGAUUUCAUUGGCCAAUAAUUACCCGACAACGCGCAACGGAACCAACAAAAGCGUGCAGUUUGGACCGGUAGCGGAAACAUAUUUAUCGUCGUGCCAUUUAACGAAUGGUGUAGUUUCGGCAACUGUUCAAACGACUCCCAAGAUCCGACAAAAACCGAAAAUUCCAACCCCCGAAAUGUUGCCCUCGUUUCCAAUUUUUGCCAUGCCGUAUUUAUCGCCCAGUCAAAUGAUAACAGCGGAACAUAACAACUCGAUUUAUUCGGUUAAUUAGUGAACUCUAAAAUUGUAUCUAUGAAUGAAUAUAUAUUUAUGUACUGUUCCAUAUUUGGGUUGCUGUAUGAAGCUUAGUUAGAUAGAUAGUUUACUCGUUUGUCCAGAAUUCGUGUACAAGUUUAUAGAUUAAUGGGUUGCGUGAUUUUAUUAAUUUU